CCACUCUCACACUACACAUAUACCUGCAUCCUCGCGACAAACCUUUGCGGCACCUUUUCAUCUCAACCGAUCCUAGAGGAGUAGAUCCUCCUUUAGACACCCAUACACAAACAUUGCUUAGGCUUCGGCCGGAUACACUUACUUUGAGGCAGUUGCUGGGAGACUGUACCUGUACUGAGGAGACCAUAAGGAUACCAUCCGCCCGGCGGACGCCGCUUGCACUGCGUGAGUAUCGGACCUAACAGGAUACCCAUUCCUUGGAUAACGACACUCCGGACUCGACCUGCAUCCGAUAUGCUGUCCACAAACGCGCCCUCGAGCAUUCAACGACGACGAACCCAACACCGACGACAAAACUCGACACCGGCAGCAUUCGAGGCGCCCCAAGUACGACCACUCCCUGCUAACAUUCAACAAAAACGACAACAGCGAUCGGGCAUGAGCUUGGAUCUUCGAGGCUUGAACCUUGAAACCAUUAACAUGCCCCAACAACCUGGAUCUUUCUCAGAACGGAUGACCCCAAGCCCGAUGAACAUGGAUUCCUUCCAGCAGGAGGAUAGUACGGUAAGUAUUACUAACAUAGGACAACCACAACAGCAUACUAUGCAAGUAGCGCAGACGCACAGCCAGCCCCGGCCGGGCUUUCAGGAUACCUUUAUGCAAUCCCCAGUACAGACAUCUCUCCCAUCUCCGCGGACGCCUCACCGGACACUCCGCGAGCAGUCUCCUCAGCAGCCUCCUCUUUCUCCCUCAAAACCUCCAACAGAACAACAACUUAAAGAACUCCAUCAGCAUAUACAAUCCGUAUAUGGCUCUUGUGGACAAGUCUUUAUCAACAUCCUCCCGACACCUACUGCGACUCCUCAGAAACCAACACAACUACCGAGCCAUGAACCUCUCGACUCAGCGCCAAUGCCGCCCAACUUUGGGGACAUGACUGACAUAAAUCUCCAGCCAACCUCAAGUGCCAUGGCUUUCGACUUCGACAAUCCGGACAGUGAAAUGGGCUACGAAUCUUCGUCUUACUAUACCUCAGAUGCACUUUCGCCGUCCCCCACGUCUUCGCCUCACCAAAGGACCGUACAGAUGUUCCUGGAGAAUAUCGAAGAGUAUCCACAUCAGGAGAUGGAUUUUUCGCAAGCUCCGUCUCUGCUCCCUUCUACAAGUACUUCUAGUCACAUGACUGGGCUGCCACUCUCAGCCACCGAGUCCAUGUCCCAGCAAUCUGCAUUUCUAGAACUCGAUGUUGAUGCUAGCAUUGAGUACACAGGUAUCUCACCAGAGGAAGUCCAGCGAUAUAUCAGCGAACAGGACCCAGCGACAAACAAAUGGACCUGUUUGUACCCAGAAUGCGGCAAGACAUUUGGAAGGAGAGAAAAUAUUCGCUCACAUGUCCAAACCCACCUCGGCGACAGACAAUUCCGUUGUAACGGAUGCGGCAAAUGUUUCGUCCGCCAGCACGACCUCAAACGCCACGCCAAGAUCCAUACAGGGAACAAGCCUUACAAAUGUCCAUGUGGCGCAGGCUUCGCACGACAAGACGCUCUUACCCGCCAUCGACAACGUGGAAUGUGCGUCGGCGGUUUUGCUGAUGCCGUUCGACGGCAAGCAAAACGUGGCCGACCAAAGAAGAAUCGCCCAGGUAUGGAGGAUAGAGCCAAGAAGGCAAAUCGUACCCGACGAGCACUUGCUUCCACUGCCUCAUCAGUCUCGGCAGGAUCUCCUCAGUCUGAUGGUUAUUCGACUAGGCACUCGCCGCCACCUCUCGAGGAAUUUAAUGCUUUGCAGACAUCAGGUCUCCCAAAAUUACUCUCUGAUAUAAGUAAUUUUGGGGACCCCAUGAGCUCCUCAGCCGAUCCAUUCAGUUUUGAAACCGCGUCAAGUCCGUUUGUUGACAGCUCCCAAGUCAAGACAGAGAGCUUCACAUCUUCGGGAUCGUUCGCCGGCGACGAGGUUUCAAUGAACCUUCUACAUCAGCUCUCUGGUACCACGCACACUCCACCCAUGUCGCCGGAAGACCAGCGACCGAAUUCUGCUGGCUCUGUAAGCGACACGAAGGCUGCCGCCCAACAAACGUCUAAUAAAGGUUCCGCUACGCCCUCUCGAUCGUCAAUUCAAUCCAAUCCCUUCUCGACGCCACCAACAUCCCCUGUUGAGCCAAAGAAUGAUUUGGAUGAAUUGUUCAACUCUUUGCCGGAGAGCUCGUGCUCACAGUUCGACCUCGAGAUGAAGGCCUUAGGCGAGUUUACUUCCUUUGAUAGCACUCCAUACGAGCUGCUUGACUUCAACGACAUGUAAAUGUUAGGAUUCCUCAAUAUGGGAUGGACUUGUGUUGUAUGAUAGAUAGGGGCUCAUGAACGCGACGAUAACGGCGUUUAAGAGGUCUCUGGGAUACACCCAUCAAACAAUCGAUGGGCGGCAUGGUGGGAACUGUAAUUGGGCCGAAUUUACGACAGAAUGACCUUGGAUUCUUGAUUGUUAUUUUUAUGGGCAGAACCCACACUCCUUUCAUCGCUGUUGGAUACUCAGGCGUGACUUGGGAUUGGUGGAACCCGAUCCGUUCGGGUUUGGACAUUAGCAUAGCUGAUAGUGAAGGUCAACCACAACUACUUCCAUAGAAUGGGAAGUUUAC